CCUGUACUAUGUCCGCAGUCUCCCGUCAUCUCCUGUACUAUGUCCGCAGUCUCUGGUCAUCUCCUGUAGUAUGUCCGCAGUCUCUGGUCAUCUCCUGUACUGUAUGUCCGCAGUCUCUGGUCAUCUCCUGUAGUAUGUCCGCAGUCUCUGGUCAUCUCCUGUACUGUGUCCGCAGUCUCGGUCAUCUCCUGUACUAUGUCCGCAGUCUCCGGUCAUCUCCUGUACUAUGUCCGCAGUCUCUGGUCAUCUCCUGUAGUAUGUCCGCAGUCUCUGGUCAUCUCCUGUAUAUGUCUGCAGUCUCUGGUCAUCUACUGUACUGUGUCCGCAGUCUCUGGUCAUCUACUGUACUGUGUCCGCAGUCUCUGGUCAUCUCCUGUACUGUGUCCGCAGUCUCUGGUCAUCUCCUGUACUGUGUCCGCAGUCUCUGGUCAUCUCCUAUACUGUGUCCGCAGUCUCUGGUCAUCUCC